AUGAAGACAUGUAUUGAUGAUAGCCAUAAUCUUGGAAAACUAGAUAAAGUAUUUCUUAAGGAAAUAUUUGAAAAUAGAGCAUUCCGUUUGCAAAAGCCAAAGGCUGUUGAGCUAAGCGAUGUGGUUGAUAAGAUUAUGGACAGAUGUGGAGGCUCUCCUUUAGCUGCCAAAGCCUUUGGAUCUAUGUUGAGUAACAAGACUAGCAUGAAAGAAUGGACAGGCAUACUAGCCAGAAGCAACACUUGCAAUGAGGGCACAGAAACUUUUCUUGUACUCAAGCUCAGCUAUGAUGACUUGCCAUCACACUUGAAACAAUGCUUUGCCUUUUGUGUUGUAUUUCCCAAAGAUUAUGAGAUUGAUGUUGAAACAUUAAUUCAGCUAUGGAUGGCACAUGAUUUCAUACCAUUGAAAGAAGGUGAAAAUCUUGAGAAGGUUGGUAGAGAAAUUUUUGUUGAGUUAACUUGGAGGUCAUUCUUUCAAGAUGUCAAGCGAAUCCCUCAAAGAGAAUGGGAGGGGGAGCUCCGUCCUAGAACAAUAUGCAAGAUACAUGAUCUUAUGCAUGACAUUGCCUUGUCUGUUAUGGGCAAAGAUUGUCUUACUAUAGUUGAUAGGCCUAAUGAAAAGGAGUUAGUGUCCACUGGUCCUACACGCUACUUGUUCUCAUCAUAUGUGUAUAUCGGAACUCUGUUGGAUGAUUAUCUGAAGAAACACUCUCCCGGUCUCCAGACACUGUUGUAUCCGGAUCGCUUGACCUAUGGCUCAGCACCACACUUGUCGAAGUACAAUCAUCUGCGAGCAUUGCAACUCUUUGAAUUGCCAAAACUUCCACUCCAACCAAGGCACUUACAGCACCUAAGGUAUCUUGAUCUCUCAACGAAUAUGUCAAUUGAAGAGCUUCCCAAGGAAAUAAGCAUACUGUAUAAUCUACAGACUCUUAAGCUUUGUAAAUGCAUAAGGCUUGGUCGACUGCCAGAGGAUAUGAAGUGUAUGGAAAAUCUCCGCCACCUCUAUACAAAUGGAUGCUCAUCAUUGAAGUGCAUGCCUCCAGGCCUCGGGCAACUCACUUCUCUACAGACUCUAACAUAUUUUGUGGUGAGCUCUAGUCCUGGUUGCAGUACUAUUAGAGAACUACAGGACUUAAAUCUUGGUGGUGAUUUAGAGUUAUCUCAUCUUCAGUUUGCAACUGAAGUAGAUGCUCAAGCAUGCAGCCUUGGAAAUAAAGAGAAACUUACACAUUUAUCUCUUAAAUGGGGUGAUGACAGCAGUGAUGAAUUGGGCCACCACAGGAAUGUGCUUGAUGCUCUUAAACCUCAUGCUGCCCUGGAGUUUCUAAGAAUACGCUCCUAUAGAGGUACUGGCUUCCCGGCAUGGGUGGUAAGUAUUAAUUUUCUGCAGCAUUUGACCGAGCUCAAGCUAGAUGGUUGUACAAGGUGUGAGGAAUUUCCCCAAUUUGGUCAAUUUAAGUCCCUUGAAGUUCUUGUUUUGAAAAGGUUGAACAAACUUCAAAGCCUAUGCAAUCAUAGUUCAUCUGCAAUAUUUCCAGCAUUAAAAGAUCUCAGAUUAAAAAAAUUGGAGAUUUUUGAGAGAUGGGUGGCAACAGAAGGAGAAGAGUUAGCAUUUCCUCAGCUUGAAAAUGUUAAAAUUAAGGACUGCCCAAAGCUAGCAAUUCUGCCUGAAGCACCAAAACUCAAGUUUAUAACUCUAAAAGAAGAAAAGGCACAGCUAUCCUUAUCAAUAUUGAAGGCCAGGUAUAUGUCUUGCUUGUCUAGGGUUGGCCUAUCCGUCAGUGAUGAUACAGAAGCAGCACCAAUAACAGAGCUUGAUCAGGAUUGUGAAGUAUCUCUUUCGAACCUGCUGUUGGAUGGUUGCAACUUUUUGUUCUGCUCAACUCCAUUGCAGCCAACUGUUGGGGUCUGGAAAUGGUUUGGUCAGCUUGUGCAUUUGACUCUCAAAUCUUGUGAUGUGCUCAUCUACUGGCCUGAAGAAGAGUUCCGUUGCUUGGUAUCAUUGAAUAGUUUAUCCAUUAAUUCCUGCAGCAAGCUAGUAGGCCGCACCCAGGGGAAAGGAUGCCGUACUCAAGUAAGGGAUCAACUCGUGCCAAAUCUUAAAGAACUAACAAUAGAUCAUUGUGGAAGUUUGACAGAGCUUUUCGUUCUCCCUCCAUCUCUCACAAGUAUUGAUAUGCUGGAUUGCAAUAGUCUUGAGUCCAUACUGGGGCAGGAUGAUACAGAGUUGGAGAGUAUACUACACUUUGAUGCAGCAUCAUCAUCGGAACACUUCAAUGACCUCACGUCCACAUGUUUGCUAGAGCAUUCACCUUCACCCAGGAUUAAUCCUUUGCAAUGUCUUGAUUUUUUGCGUAUAAUUAGUUGUAAGAACCUUCGUUUCAUGCCAACGCAGUUAGAUGCACUCCAAUUUUUGGAUAUUGAUGAUUGCAAUGGGCUGGAGUCGCUGGAUUGUUUGGGAGACAUGCUGUUACUGGAAACUCUAUACCUUAUAAGAUGCAAACAUCUGGCAUCUGUACCAGGAAGUCUUGGGAGUUACUCGGCACUUACGAAGCUCUGCAUUCAAUACUGCCCAGCUUUAAAUAUGAAGCCACUUUAUGGACAUCUCCAACAACGGCUUGAUAGCCUUGAAAUGAAGGAUCUAUCUAAUGCUGGUUCAAGCUGUCCUAGUGAAGGCCUAAACUAUGGGAACCAAAGUCCUGGAAAUAUAUGGUUCCUUCACUGCGCAAGCACAAGCACUGAAUAA